AUGGCAUUUCUCUUCAAACGGAAUCCUAAGAGCCCAGCUGAACUGGUUCGGGCUAUGAAUGACCAGCUCACUAAGUUGGAAACGGUUAAUGAUGGGAAGAAAGCACAGGAUGAAAUAACAAGAUAUCUGAUGUCUAUCAAAGGCAUAUUAACUGGGAGAGGUGAUGAGUCAAAUGGCGUCUUACCAGACUCACAACCAGAUCAAAUUGCCCAGCUAGCGCACGAGAUUUACAGCACGGAUUGCUUGUACCUUUUGAUUCAAAACCUGCCUUUAAUUGAUUUUGACGCGCGCAAAGUUGUGAGUUUGUUAUUCACGUCACUUUUGAAACGAAAAAUCGUUAAUAGGUCUCCUACAGUGGACCAUCUCCUACAAAGACCCCAAAUAUUAAUUUUGUUAAUGAAAGGACCAGAGAAUUCAGAGAUUUCAAUCAAUACGGGGCAUAUGCUGCGCGAGGCAAUUAAGUACGAGCAAAUUGCAAAAUAUCUCAUUUUUAAACCCAUUUUCUGGAAUUAUUUUGAAUAUUGUGAAUAUGGCUCAUUUGAAACAUCGACAGAAGCGUUUUUAACUUUAAAUGACUUUUUGACUACUCACAAACUGGUUGCAAGCGAAUUUUUCAACUCCAAUUUACACAAAUUCAUCGACAGGAUCAACAGGUUAAUAGUGUCGCCGAACUAUGUCACAAAAAGACAGUCGGUGAAAUUACUCGCCCAGCUAAUUUUAGAUAAGCCUAACUACAACCUGAUGACUACUUAUGUGAAUUCGCCGCAUAAUCUAAAGCUAAUCAUGAUUCUUCUUGGUGACAAAUCUAAAAACGUACAGUUUGAAUCAUUUAAUGUGUUCAAAAUAUUCAUUGCCAACCCAAGAAAAUCAAAAAGCAUCAUUGAAAUAUUGACGAAAAACCGCGAGCGUCUCUUGCAGUUUCUUAGGACAUUCGCAAAUGAUAGGAAGGAAGAUGAACUUUUCACAGUGGAGCGCAAUUUUGUCAUUGAACAAAUAGAAAGCUUGCCCAAAUUGGUGCAACUGCAAAAUUGA